GCAUCAAUCUACAAUUGUUUAUUGAACUAAAUUAAUCUCAAGCAAAAUGAAGUUCGUUUAUUUGUUGGCAAUUAGCGCUUUGUAUAUGGCGGCCAUGGCAAAGGCUCAAAAUAAGCCUUUUAAGUUGACUUUGCCUAAAGAAGAACCCAAAAAUUUGCCUCAACUUUAUGGUGGCGGUGGUGGUUCUCGUAAACAGGGCUUUGAUGUAAGCUUGGGUGCUCAGCAAAAGGUUUGGGAGAGUCAAAAUAAACGUCAUUCAGUUGAUGUCAACGCUGGUUAUUCUCAACAUUUGGGUGGUCCUUAUGGCAACAGUCGUCCAGCUUAUAAUGGCGGUGUUGGUUACACUUAUAAAUUUGGUAAAUGAUUGUACAAUUCAAGAUAAAAAUAAAAAGUAUUAAAACUGCAAGACUAUUAAAAA